AUGCCAAACGGACAAGGUCCACAUGUGCUGUUGACGGGUGCCAAUGGCUUUGUCGCCUCUCACAUACUCUGGAUCCUCAUAGAUCGUGGAUAUAAUGUCACUGCAACAGUACGCUCCCAAGAAAAGGCAGAAGAUAUCAUCAAAACCCAUCCGGACUGGCUGGGCAAGGUAGAAUUUGCAAUUGUUGCGGACUUCACCUCUGCAAAGCCUUUUGAUCAUCUAUUCGAUGAUUCAAAGACCCCAUUCAACUAUGUGAUCCAUACAGCAUCCCCGGUGACAUUCUCGGUGAAAGAUAUCCAGAAAGAGAUAAUCGAGCCAGCCGAAAUGGGGACUACUGCAAUUUUGAUAGCCGCCGAGAACCACUGUGGAGCUGCUCUAAAACGAUUUGUUCUCUUGGGAAGCGCAGUAUCUGUACUGGACUCCUUUGAAGACAUCUCUAAGCCAGGAAAGCCGUACACCGAGAAAAACUGGAAUCCUGUCACCAAGCAGGCCAUUGAGCAUAAGGACAAUGUCCUUGGAUAUAAUGUAUCAAAGACCCGAGCUGAGAGGGCUGCAUGGAACUUCAUGAAGGAGAAAUCUCCCACUUUCGACCUGGUAGUGAUCAACCCUGAUAUCAUUACCGGCCCAAUGACACACCCUAUUUCAGGUCCAAAGUCUAUCAACGAGACUAACCAAUUCGCUAUUGCAAACUUCAUUGAUGGGACUCACAAGGAGAUUGAAGGAGUGAGAUUUCCUUUCUACCAUUUUGUGGACGUCCGUGAUGUAGCCCGAAGCCAUGUCGACGCGUUAGAAAACUCGGCCGCCGCAAACCAACGCAUUCUUCUCAUCUCCGGUUUGAUCACACCCCAGCUGGUCGCUAACUACCUCCGCAAGAACUUCCCUGAGCUUAGGAGCCGGGUUCCUGAAGGUAACCCGGCCCAGAUCUUGCCUCCUGGUGUGUGCCCCACGGAUUGGGAUACGCGGGUUAGUCUGGAUAUUCUUGCUAAAGGUACCAAGGAUGGUAAAUGGGAGUAUGUGGAUUUGGAGACAAGUAUCAUUGAUUCUGUUAAGACAAUGAUCAAGAAUCGGGUUAUUUAG